UUGUUGGGAAUCCCAGAGAUGCAGAAAACAACAUACUACGAAAGUUCAACGCUGUUUGGAGGCUAUUCCUACCAGGGUGCUAAUGGGUUUGGUUAUGAUGGCCCUCAACAGCCUUUCGAGCCUUCUUCUCACGUGGAGAAUGACUACCAGAGGUCUGCCUGCUCCCUCCAAUCUCUUGGCAACACUGCCCCACAUUCAAAAAGUAAAGACCUGAAUGGAAGCUGCAUGCGUCCAAGUUUGCCCCGGGAGAAUCAUCAAGCCCCACCUGUCUCACCACCCCCAAACUCUGUCACCAACAGCAACAGUAGCAACAGCAAUAGCCAGUCAGGGAGCAGUAAAACUGCCCCCAGCAAAUCAAAUCUCAGUUCAAACGCAACUCUUACCAAACAGAUUUUCCCCUGGAUGAAAGAAUCGAGACAAAACUCCAAACAGAAAAACAGCUCCCCUACCACAGAAAGCUGCAGCGGCGAGAGAAGCCCUCCAGGGUCUUCUGCCUCCAAACGAGCCCGCACUGCCUACACCAGCGCGCAGCUGGUGGAGCUGGAGAAGGAAUUCCACUUCAACCGCUACCUUUGCAGGCCCCGCCGAGUGGAGAUGGCCAACCUGCUCAACCUCAGCGAAAGGCAGAUCAAGAUCUGGUUCCAGAACCGGAGGAUGAAGUAUAAAAAAGAUCAGAAGUCGAAAGGCAUGGGGUCUUCCUCGGGGGGGCCCUCCCCAACGGGCAGCCCGCCCCAGGCCAUGCAGUCCUCAGCAGGAUUUAUGAAUGCCUUGCACACCCUGACUAGUAACUACGAUGACCCAUCGCCUCCUUCCUUCAAUAAGCCCCACCAGAAUGCCUAUGCCAUGUCCACUACCUACCAAAACCCCAUCAAAGGGUGCCCCUCGCAACAGAAGUAUGCCAACACCGCGCCGGAGUACGAACCCCACAUAUUACAGGGCAAUGGGAGCACAUAUGGAACUCCUAGUAUGCAAGGCAGCCCUGUAUACGUUGGAAGCAGCUAUGUGGAUUCUUUGCCUGCUUCAGGACCCUCCCUUUACAGCCUCAAUCACCUGCCACACCACCACUCUGCCAACAUGGACUACAACGGGGCUCCACAGAUGCCAACCAGCCAGCACCAUGGACCAUGUGAGACCCACCCGACCUACACAGACCUUUCCACGCACCACGCCUCUUCUCAGGGCCGAAUCCAAGAGGCGCCCAAACUCACCCACCUGUGAUAGGGUGGGGGCAGGGUGGGUUGGGAGGAGGGCAGGACAGACUCGUGAGAAAUUUGUGGAGCACUGAAGUGGGGUAGUGAAUCCGCAGUGGGAUUUGGUUCAGAAACAUUUGUGUUGAGCCCUUAAGAUAUUUAUUUGGUGGUCUGUCUAGUUAGCCCUUCAAGCGGAGAAAUUUCUGGCUUUUCCUGGUUUUAUUAAGCCCAUUAGGCACAACUUCUGAUGAUUAAUUCUAUUUAUUUGCAAGAUGCAUCUAUCUAUCCCAUGCACACCUCACUAUCUAUCUAUCCCCAUACACACCUCACUAUCUAAUCUAAUCUAUCUACCUGUCUAAACGCUGGAUAGAUAUACCUUCUAAUGCUUCAACACAAAUGCUUUUGAAUAUAUUUGGUGUAGUUUUAUGGAAAUCUAGCAAGAUACAAAACCAAAACAACCUGAUAUAUUUAAAGAAGGUACAAAGAUUCCUCGGACAUUGAUAAUGGCAGCAUACUGUCUACCCACCAAAUCUAUACAAUUGGCCUAUUAAGAACAGAUACAUUUUUUUAAUCUAAACAGAUUCAAAGAAAACUACACCCUCCAAAUCUCCCUCCAAAGAAUCUUACCUUUUCCUUUCCAGUCUAACUCUUGAGAUGAAGAACAUCUUCUUUUGCUGAGUAAUUCCUCCCCCACCCUAUCAGCUGAAAAUAUACAUAUCUGCCAACAUUUGGAAAUCUAACCUUUCUUCCUCCUCCUCUUCACACGGUCCUCAAAUAGGCUUAAGAGUUGCAAAGGUUCUGGAAAUAAAUUUCUGCAACAAAGCUGAUUUUAUAUAUAUAUAUAUAUUUUUAAAGAGGCCAAAGAGAGGAAGAUAAAGUUGACAGGUCUGGAUAUUUUUAACCUUUGCCUCUUAUGGAGUGAAGUCUCCAUUCGGUUAGAUGGUUUUUGGUUUAGGGUUCAUUAACAAAAAAGCAAUCUUAAGACUUAGAAAUCCUGCAUUUUGUUCCUCCUUCUCUCUUGACUUAACGUGAAAACAGGGUAUUUUUGAACAAACAGUAUGUCCUCCAAAAGAAGCAGAAGCGAAUGGACCUUUGGUAUUGGCUAAUGCUUUCUUGUCUGGACAUCUUUGUUGCACUUAGAGUUUACAUUCGAUGGGUAUAAAGCAACUUUGAAGGGCGUUCAUCCACUAAAUCCUGACGUCUUUCAAAAGCUGUGUGUUCUGGUGAACAUUCAUAUAUAUUUAUUGGUUAUAGCCAGUUUAAAAUAUUUUUCCUUUUUUUGUAUUAUUUAUCCCCCACAUCAUGUAUUUAUAUGAGAAAAAGAAUCAAACUGUACUUUUUUUUAGUAUUGACUUGUUAUAAAGGACAUUGUGUUUCCUUGUCAUUGUACAACAAGCUUAUUUUAGUUAUUGUAAUUUAGAAAGACCGGUAGUUUUAUGUUACCCUCGUACUUAUGAAUAACGUAAUUAGUUUUACUGGAGGCAUGAGAGCAGAUCCAGACUGUAAUUGUAUAGUCCUGAAUUAGAAGAACUAUAGCUAACCCCCCUCCCACGUCACCCCUCCUCUUUGGAGAUCUUUCUUUGUUCCUAUAGUAGUUAUUUUAUUUCCUUGCUUAAGGGUUGUCUGUUGAACAAUUCUUGAAUAAACUUUCUGUUAUCAAUU